GGCGGACCGUCACCGGAGCCUGACCGCGCCCCGCAGUCUGAGCUCCGUCAGCGGGUGGACCCAGCAGCGCAGUCCGCCCCGCACUCCUCGGCUCUCGGUCUCUUCUCUCCAGACCGUCCCGUGUCUUUCUCGUCUCCCGUGUCUUUCUUGACUCCCGUGUCUUUCUUGACUCCCGUGUCUCGCGCAGGAUGUCCGGGGUGGCCUCGCGCCUCGCCAAGGAGCGCGCGCACGCGGCGGGUUUCGGCACAAACGCCAAAGCGGUGCCGUUUCUGAACCAGCGCUUUGAGGAUCUGCGCGCGGAGUGUCAGCGCAGCGGGCAGCUCUUCUGUGACAGCAUGUUCCCCGCGUCUGCGCAGGCGCUCGGGUUCAAAGAGCUGGGCCCGGGCUCCUUCAAGACCCGCGGGGUCACGUGGAAGCGUCCCACGGAGUUGGUGUCAAACCCUGAGUUUGUUUUGGGCGGAGCGACGAGAACAGACAUCUGCCAGGGAGCACUGGGUGACUGCUGGUUGCUCGCGGCGAUCGCGUCUCUGACCCUGAACGAGUUUGUGAUGGCGCGAGUCGUGCCUCAGGACCAGAGCUUUGGAUGCGACUAUGCCGGAAUAUUCCACUUCCAGCUCUGGCAGUAUGGUGAGUGGGUGGAUGUGGUGGUGGACGAUCGUUUGCCGGUGAAAGACGGCGAGCUGCUGUUUGUGCAUUCGGCUGAAAACCGCGAGUUCUGGAGCGCCCUGCUGGAGAAGGCCUACGCCAAGUUGAACGGUUGUUACGAGGCGCUCUCCGGGGGAACCACCACCGAGGGCUUUGAGGACUUCACCGGAGGAAUCGCCGAGAACUUUGACCUGAGCCGACCUCCAUCCAACCUGUUCCAUAUCCUCCAGAAAGCUCUGGAGGCCGGAGCUCUGCUGGGCUGCUCCAUCGACAUCACCAGUGCUGCAGACUCGGAGGCAGUGACGCGACAGAAGUUGGUGAAAGGCCACGCCUACUCCCUGACGGGCGCCGUGGAGGUGAGGCCCACCACACACCCACCACACACCAUCACCACACAGUCCUCUGAGUGGAACUAUGUCCAGGGAGACUGCCCUCACGCCAAUGCAGAGGACGGAGAGUUCUGGAUGUCCUUCAGAGACUUCUGCAGUCACUAUUCUCGUAUCGAGGUUUGCACGCUGACGCCGGACGCCAUCCUGGACGACUCGUUGAAACACUGGAGCAUAUCCAAAUACGACGGGACCUGGAGACGCGGCUCCACGGCUGGAGGCUGCCGCAACCACCCCUACACGUUCUGGACGAACCCUCAGUACGUGAUCCGUCUGAACGAGGAGGACGAUGAUCCCGACGAUGGAGAAAACGGCUGCAGCUUCGUGGUGGGACUCAUCCAGAAGAACCGCCGCAAAAUGAGGCGCCAGGGAGAAGACAUGCACACCAUCGGGUUCGCCAUCUACGAGGUAUGGGACCAGUUCCACGGUCAGUCCCAGGUCCAUCUGGACAAGAACUUCUUCCUGACCCACGCGUCGGCUGCUCGCUCCGAGACCUUCAUCAACCUGAGGGAGGUGUGCAACCGUUUCAGACUGCCCCCAGGGGAGUACCUGAUCGUGCCCUCCACCUUCGACCCCCACCUCAACGCCGACUUCUGCAUCCGAGUGUUCAGCGAGAAGCAGCAGCAGACUGUACCCUGUGAUGAUCCGGUCAGCGCAGAUCUUAAAGACGAGACAGUCAGUGAUUCUGAGGUGGACGCAGGAUUCAGAGGACUCUUCACUAAACUCGCCGGACCGGACAUGGAGAUCUCUGCUCCGGAGCUCAGGACAAUCCUAAACAAGAUCGUCUCCAAACGAAGUGACAUCAAGACGGACGGAUUCAGUCUGGAAACAUGUCGCGUCAUGGUCAACCUCAUGGACGAUAGUGGAAAUGGGAAACUGGGUCUGGGGGAGUUUGCGACUCUGUGGAAGAAGAUCCAGAGAUACUUGGAAAUCUACAAAAAAAAUGACCUCGACAAUUCUGGAACCAUGAGCACCCCAGAAAUGAGGGUGGCCUUCAAGGAUGCAGGCUUCACACUGAAUAAUGCUCUGUACCAGCUCCUCGUGGCGCGAUACGCCGAGUCGGACAUGACCCUGGACUUUGACAACUUCACGUCCUGUUUGAUGAGACUGGAGAUGAUGUUCAGAAUUUUCCAGAGACUCGAUACAAACAACAGCGGCUCCAUCCAACUGGACAUGCACCAGUGGCUGAACUUCUCCAUGAUCUGAUGACAUCACUUCCUGUUUAUUCAUUAUUAAACUUUAAACUAAAAAAAUAUUAAAAAGAAUUUUUAUCUGAAAUGUUUCUAGAACCGUGUAACUCUCUGAAACAACUCCAAAUAAAAACACUCCAACUCCAGAA